GUUUCUGCAGGUGUGUAUGCUGUGGUUGGUCCUGGGAGGUUGUGUUCAUGCCCUGAAGCACUGCCUGCGGCUAGGACAGAGAAAGGGCAACCCUACACAUAGCUCACAGCAGGAAGUUGUGGCUGAAAACAGGAAAAACCUGCAUGCAUGGAUGUCUCAGUCAAGGAGCCCGGGCCACCAUGGUCCUCUAGUCCUUGCUCUGGCUGAUUGUUUGCUGAUGUGUGUACUCCAGGAGCCCAUGCCAGACCCCAGUGUGCCCCACAUUCAGGUUCUCCUCUCCAGGCUAGAGUCAGUGUCUCACACACUUGAAAAGGCUGAUACUGGGUCAGAGGCCACAUUGGAGGAGGUGGACCAAGAUUCUGUGCUGACAGACAAAGUGAUGCUCAUCCGCACCUUCCUACAGCAGAGGAUCAGGUCACUACGUAGACUCGUCCAGGUGCAGGGGGAUUUUGAGACCAGCAUAAAGAACAUGCUUGAGGGCCUGGGUGGCCUUUGGGCUCAGCUGGAGGAGCUGCAUACUGGGGUCACACUCACCAAAGAGGGGAGUAGUGGCUGCAGAGACCUGGCCUUGGCCCAGACAGGUGUGAAGACUUUGUUCACAGUCCAGGGUCACCACAGGAACAGAUUUGAGUGCUGCCAGGCUCAUCUGACAGACAGCACACAACUUCUGCAGGAGUUAACCUGGAGUCACACUCAUAUAAGCAACAGUGUGAGCAGCAGCAGUGAGUCAGUCUGGCCGGAGGUGUUGCUUCAGUCCAACAUUGAGCAGUUUGACAAGGUGCAGGAGAGUUUCCUGUCCUUGGAACAACAGACCUCCACGUUCCAGGCCCACCUGGAGGGACUUGUAAAAGGGAAUCAAGACGGACUCGCAGGACCCCUCGCUCGUGCAAACGGGGCCUCUUCACGCCCGGCCUCUCCGCAGACUUCCCCAGAUAUCCACAGUGAACGCCCAGGUGAUGUUUCACCGGAGCACCGUAACUCGAUUUCUACAUCCACGUCUGUUUCCUCAACGGAUGCAGAAACAGACAAAGACCAUCGUCUCUCUUUGUGUGAGAGGUCAGCACUGCAGUUUUCCUCCACGAUCGGACGCCUGCGUAAAUCUGGAAGGAAGAAAUGACUUUUAUCAGACUAUAAUUGGCAUAUACAACAGUGAUUUGGUAAAUAGAAAGGUGUCAGUUAACUAGAUAAGUUAUUUUCAAAUGUUGAUCAUUUGCUGGUUGCUAAAAAAGUGAGUAUUUAUUGUAUUUUGUGAUUAUGGAUUUUUUGUGAAUGUUGCUGUUAAUGACAUUUUUAGGCUUUUUAGUUUUUCCAUUUCAAAAAUCUACCUGGUAGGUUUAAGAGCGGCAAAAGCAGUUUUUUUUAUAGUUUAAGAUUAUUUCAAACACAAGGGGGCACACUUUCACCAGAUAUCACAAGCAUAAACAGAUGCAUGUCACAGCACCCUUUCAACCCAUAUUAAACAAUCACACCAUAUACAGUAUAUCAAUCCUGGAUCUUUGUCUGCAAUGACUGAACGUGUCUCAGACCUUUUCUUUCAAUCAGCUUUAUAGGAGGAAAGUGUCUCUCAAACACUCAUAAAUAUUUUCCUUCAAGAUCAGAACAGUCAGUUACAAGUUGUGUCGAAAGAAUCUCAUAAUGUGUCAGAUUAAUGUUCAACUUUAUUUUCAUUCAGGCAUAUUAAAUUAUUAAU